AUGGAGGACUGGCUCUUCUACUCGCUCACCACGCUCAUGUGCCUCGUCAGCUCGCUGCUCCUGCGUGCCCGGGCCCGCAGCCCGUCCGAGUCCCAUUCCCAUGGCGCGCCGCCGCCGCUACCUCCGGGCCCGGCAACAAUGCCAGUGCUCGGCCCUCUGCUCCACCUGGCCCGCCGCGACUUCGACCUGGAGCCCGUGCUGCGGCGCCUCGCGCGGGCCUACGGGCCGGUCUUCUCCUUCGCACCGCUGGGUCGGGCGCGACCGAUGAUCUUCGUCGCGGCCCGAGGCCCGGCACACCGCGCCCUCGUCCAGCGCGGCGCCGCCUUCGCCUCCCGCCCGCGGGCCAGUGCUCCCGCCGCCGCCGUGCUCACCAGCGGCGGCCGCAAUGUCAGCUCCGCGCCCUACGGUCCCACCUGGCGCGCGCUCCGCCGAACCCUGGCCACCGGCGUCCUCAACCCGGCCCGCCUCCGUUCCUUCGCCCCCGCCCGGCGCUGGGUGCUCGACGUCCUCCUCUCCCGCGUCCGCUCCGCCGGCCGCGAUGGCAGCGGCGCCGUCGCCGUCAUGGAGCCCUUCCAGUACGCCAUGUUCUGCCUCCUCGUGUACAUGUGCUUCGGCGGCGACCGCCUAGGCGACGCGCACGUCAGGGAUAUCGAGGCGCUGCAGCGGGACCUGCUGGCCAACUUCCUCAGCUUCCAGGUCUUCUCGUUCCUCCCGCCGCUCACCAAGCUCGUCUUCCGCCGCCGGUGGAGCAAGCUCGUCUCGCUGCGGCGGCGGCAGGAGGAGCUCUUCGUCCCGCUCAUCCGCGCCAGGAGGGACGCCGGCGCUGGCGGCGACUGCUACGUCGACUCCCUGGUGAGGCUGGCCAUCCCGGAGGACGGCGGGAGGGGGCUCACCGACGGAGAGAUCGUCAGCCUCUGCUCCGAGUUCCUGAGCGCCGGGACCGACACCACCGCCACCGCGCUGCAGUGGAUACUCGCCAACCUCGUCAAGAACCCGGCGAUGCAGGACAGGCUAAGGGAGGAGGUCUCCACCGCCGUCGAUGGCGAGCUGCGGGAGGAGGACCUGCAGGGGAUGCCGUACCUCAAGGCUGUUGUGCUGGAGGGGCUGAGGCGGCACCCGCCAGGGCACUACGUGCUGCCGCACGCCGCGGCGGAGGAGACCACGCUGGACGGGUACCGCGUCCCGGCGGGCACGCCGGUCAACUUCGCGGUGGGCGACAUCGGGCUGGACGAGGAGGUCUGGACGGCGCCGUCCGAGUUCCGGCCGGAGCGCUUCCUGCCCGGCGGCGAGGGGGAGGACGUGGACCUCACGGGGAACAAGGAGAUCAAGAUGAUGCCGUUCGGCGCCGGCAGGAGGGUCUGCCCCGCCAUGGCGCUCGCGCUGCUGCACCUCGAGUACUUCGUGGCCAACCUCGUCAGGGAGUUCGAGUGGCGGGAGGCGGCCGGGGAGGAGGUCGACCUCACCGAGAAGCUUGAGUUCACCGUCGUCAUGAGGCGACCGCUGAGAGCAAUGGCCGUGCCGCUAAGGCACGGAAGGUCCGUCGCUGCAACGUGCUCAGGUUGA